AUGGCGAAGGCAUGCAGAACCCGCUUGGACGUUGUCGUCUCCGUUUUGGUUGUUGUGAAUGUCAUCCAUGGUGUCAGCGCUAGCAGCACGAUGGCUUUCGGGUCGGUAGGAACCCCGUCUCGUAACAAAGCAAAGAGUGCAGAGAGUCAGUUGAGCAGCUAUGACAGGAUGAUCCUCGCGCAUGGUCCACCGAAAACUUCCUCGAGCAGCAGUGGAUACAAUCCCCAACCAGGAACGCCGACAUAUCCCGCCAACAGCUAUCCCACCAACAGCUAUCCCACCAACACCUAUCCCACCAACACCUAUCCCACCAACACCUAUCCUGCUUAUGGCAGACAAAGUCCGGUCAUGUAUCAGAAUCCUCCCUCGGCUUAUCCUCAAACUCAAGGGGCCUCGAGUUACACCCCUACCUUAUCCCCUCAAUGGGCGCAACCCCCUGCCAGCGCGUUUGCAACGAAUGCGAAUCCGAUGGGUAGUCAGGCUCGAUUCCAUGCUCACCAGGUCACCCGGGACAAACUGGUCCCCAGAGUGCAGAGCAGCGUCUCGUUCGAGGGGUCGAAGAGUUCCAAGGAGAUGUCGGGCGAGGCGAGAAAGCUUGCCAAGAUGUCAGCGCAGCUCCUCAGGGAAUAUUCGCGAGCAUCAAUCUACCGUAACGCCCUAGCCAAGGAGCAGUCAAGGAUCCACAAGGCACGGCAGGCAGCCACCAUCGGUGGACUGUACAACAAUCGCAGUCUGAGCGGAAAACCGGUACUCUCUCAUGGAAUGACUGUUAUCUUCGUUAUCUGCACCGUCGGCGCAAUCUGUGGAGCUUUGUGGUACAUGAAGAGGGACAAUGACAAGCUCACCCAUCAAAACUUGGAGACCUUGCAGAGUGCUUGA